GCACCGAGUCCGACCCGGAAAUUUAAAUACCACUUGCUAAGGGAGGACUGUAGAGCGUGAAAAUAUAUAUUAAAAACUCCUGAACGUGGGGUUUUGUUGUUUUGUUUUUAGAUGUAGGAUCUGCUGUACUUCCUCAGUAGAAGUCAUCUUUCAGAAAUAGCGGCUUCUUUAGGACUCAAAAUCCGUUUUGGGCUACAGUGGGAAGGCUAGAAAGGGGAGGUCACGGGACGGAAUUGGCGGGAGAAUAAGAUCUGAGCACCGAAACUGAAGCUACUACGACAUGAAGUUUAUGGACGCGGGUGAGAAGGGUUGGGAUUUGUCCUCUGGAGAGGAAUAGCUGAAAGGGAAGAGGGUGGCCAACAAGAAAAUGAACAGAGCACCCGGUUUCGGGGUCUUAAUCCUCAGAGAGACUGAGAGCUGAAGAACCAAAUGGGACCUCAGAGUAAUGUAAGGACUCUUCUUCUUCCAAAAGCUACCAAGAGCAAAACAUAGACCGUGUCACCGUGGUUACAGAAGACAUCCUGGGAGGAAGCAUAUCUGCCUCGCAAAUAAAGAAGCUGGUGGCCUCCGAUGGCUCCUGUGAAGAUCAGCCAUGUGGUGUCAUUUUCCUCUCAGGAUCCCAAAUAUCCUGUGGAGAACUUGCUGAACCCAGACAGUCAUAAGGGACCUUGGCUCAGCUGCCCUCGGGACAAGACUGGGCAACUGAAAGUGGAGUUUCAGCUGGAGAGAGCAGUGCCCAUAAGCUACAUCGAUGUCGGUAACUGUGGCUGUGCUUUUCUACAGAUUGACGUGGGUCGUUCUUCUUGGCCCCUGGACAGACCUUUUGUCACCCUGCUCCCUGCAACCAUGCUCAUGUCCCUCACUGACUCAAAGGAGGGGAAGAACCGCUCAGGGGUCCGGAUGUUUAAAGAUGAUGAUUUUCUGAUUCCAGCCUCAGGAGAAUCAUGGGAUCGACUUCGAUUGACCUGCUCCCAACCUUUCACACGUCAUCAAUCCUUUGGCCUGGCCUUCCUCCGAGUACGUUCCUCUCUGGACUCUCUGUCUGACCCUGUAAAGGAUCCCUCAUCCCCUGGGAGCUCUGGGCUUAAUCAGAACUCUUCUGAUAAGCUGGAGUCUGAUCCUAGCCCCUGGCUGACUAAUCCUUCUAUCCGGAGGACCUUCUUCCCAGAUCCCCAGACGAGCACCAAGGAAAUUUCAGCGCUCAAGGGUAUGUUGAAGCAGUUGCAGCCAGGGCCUCUGGGGCGGGCAGCCCGCAUGGUGCUUUCUGCUGCCCAUAAGGCACCUCCAGCCAGUGUCGUAAGCCCAAACAAUAGCCAUGGAGAACCAGAUUCCAGUCAUCCCGAGCGUGCAGAGCCCAGAGCAGAAGAACCAAACAGGAAGAACAAUGCAAGCAGAGGGAAGAGGAGGAAAGUCCAGGAGCAAAGGAGACCGUUGUCCAGCUCAAGCUCUCAGCCAAAUAGGAGGGCAACAGGAAGGACAAAGCAAAGACAGCAACGACCUCAGGCCAAAAGUGAUGGCAGUGGUGUGCAGGCUACUGGACAGUGUCCCAUUUGUACAGGUUCCUUCAGUAUUGAGGCUCUUCCCCGGCAUGCUGCCACUUGUGGAGAGAGCUCCCCACCCCAGCCAGCUUCUCCUACCUCCUUGUCUUCCUCAGAGUCUGUGCUGUGGGUGUCUUCCCCAGAGAGCUCGCCGCCACCAUCUUCCUGGGUCCAAUGCCCUAUUUGUGAAUUACAGUUCUCGGCAAGAGAAAUAGAAGAACAUGCCAGCGUGUGUGGGGAAGUUUUUCCAGCCUGAGCAGUGACAUUCUGCUAACCCUUUCUUGAUGUUGGAGCCUGGGGAAUGGAUCUCUUGUGGCUAAGAAGCAUUGGUCCCCUCCCUUCUGUGAUUACCUCAGGACUCUGCCUGCCUGAGGACACUUUGGACCCAGCUUGCUCCCCAUUCCCGUUGCCAAGGCUGUGUCACUAUGGUACCCAAUUCUCAUAAGGAUAUUUUCCCCUUAGAACAUAUUUGGUAGAAUUGAUGAUCUCUCCAAGGCCUUAGAACACUAUCUAGAAUGUGAUUUCCAAUGCCCAUUUCCCUGAAAGGAAAACGGAGGCUCACCUAGGGGGAAAUACUGCCUGAAAAUUAUAAAGUCCUAUGAUGGUCUGGGAAGAUGAGUGAGUCUUGAGCAUGACACUGACACUGAGUCCCAUCUGACCUUGACCUUCUAUAUCUUUCAUGGGUGUCUGCCCCAGGUGUAAUCAGAUACUGCCCUGAAACUUCACACUACUUACCAUAGGUGUGGAAUGGACGUUCAGUGACACAAAAACCCCUCACAGGGUUCUUAAAGGAACCAGAGAGAUUUCCUUCUAAGGAAUAGGCGUGGCUGUAAAAGUUUGAGCAAAUCUCGUUCUAACUAUUUGAGAUAGUUGGACCAUAGUGUCUCCCCAAGGUCCCCUGGAGCUGCGAUGGUCCAAUUCUGCUUUGAAGAAUUAUGCACGCUUCCCUUUUCCCCAGGAGAUGUCUUCAUGUGGCACUAACACCCGUCCCCCUUAUCCCCAAGGUACAGGGCAGGGAGAGAGCAGCUGGUCCUGGUGAAGGGAGGGCUUGGGGUGGGGCCUUGAGUGGGAAUGAAAGAGCAUGUGAGCCGCAGUCAAGGGAGAGGCAGAGCAGGAGUUCAAGCCUUCAGCCCCUGCCCACAGAAGUGGGUGCAGCCAUGGAUCCCCUUUCGGUAAGAGACCCUUGCUUCCCUCCCCUCCUCAUCCCAGUCCCCAGGGGGAUGCAGGGACAGCCUGCUGCUGUUGGUGGGAGAGCCCCUGGAUUCCUGAUCCAGGGCCUAGAAGAAAAGAGCAGGGAGCUGGACCUGGUAGAACAGGACGCAACAGUACCAAGGAGGGGAGAUGCUCUCCAAGGUAGAAGGCAGAGUGAGAGUAUCCGGUGGAGGGAAAGCACCUUAAGGUCCUACUAGAGUCUUUCAUAGAGAAAGGGUUUAGGGAAAGUGCAGCUUAAAGACCCUCUGUGUGGGCAUGUCUGAACUUGUCCUUCAGAGAGAUGAGCAGCUACAAGAUGGGAACUGGAUUCCUGUCGGAUGUGUAUAGGUUAGGUGCCUAGUGCGGCCCCAACCACCUACUUUAAUCACCUCUCUUCAGGGAACUAACUUGGGCCCUGUUAUGUCUGAUUUUUAUAAGAAUGGAAGUGGGCUGAGUAAAUACUCCCCAUACUAGCUUUUCCUACAUGAGUCUACAUAAUAAAAUGGUGAACAAGA